AGACCCCACAGCGUUACAGGCUGGCUGUUUUGUUCCCGUCCCGGCUAAACCUGCCAGGACACGCUGAGCUGGAGCAGAGCCCCGAGGCACGGCCACGUGCGGAGCCGGUGCCGUGGGCGCCGUUACCCAAGGGACAAACAAACAUCCACCGGCACCGAGUGCCAGGACCCGCUCACGGGAGCGCCGCCGGUGACGCCGUUACAAACAAAAAAAAUGCGACAAACGGGGACAACGGAGCGAUGGCCUCUGCCUCACUGCCCCAGCAGCGGUGCCGGUGACCCCUGGCGCGGAGCGGGGCCCGCCCCAAACAAACAGCUCGGUGUUUACUCGGCGCACCGGGCACCGGCAAAGCCCCGCUAUAAGGGCGCGGCGGGCGCGGCGGCGGGGCAGAGCGCAGGGGAAGAUGCCGCGCUGUGACACGGGCUGCGCGCCGCGGGACGGCGCCUGGGGACAGGUGAGCUCCGCUGCGGCGGCGGGCGGGCCGUACCCGAAGCGAGUGAAGGUGGUGGAGGUGGGGCCCCGCGAUGGGCUCCAGAACGAGAAGAAUCUUGUGCCCACCCCAGUGAAGAUCAAUUUAAUCAACAUGCUGUCAGAGACAGGGCUGCAGGUCAUAGAGGCCACCAGCUUCGUGUCCCCCAAGUGGGUUCCUCAGAUGGCUGAUCACACCGAGGUGCUGCAGGGCAUCAGGAAAUGCCCUGGGAUCAGUUACCCCGUGCUCACCCCAAACCUCAGGGGCUUCCAGGCAGCGGUGGCAGCAGGGGCCAAAGAGGUGUCGAUCUUUGGGGCAGCAUCCGAGCUCUUCACCCAGAAAAACAUCAACUGCUCCAUCGAGGAGAGCCUGGAGAGGUUUGAGGAGGUGAUGAGGGCAGCCAAGGAAGCCAGCAUUCCUGUCAGGGGAUACGUUUCCUGUGUCCUUGGAUGUCCCUAUGAAGGGAAGAUUUCUGCAGCUAAAGUUGCAGAGGUCUCCAAGAAGAUGUACUCCAUGGGGUGCUACGAGAUCUCCCUGGGGGACACCAUCGGCGUGGGCACCCCGGGCUCCAUGAGGGAGAUGCUGGCAGCGGUGAUGAAGGAGGUGCCCGUGGGGGCUCUGGCUGUUCACUGCCAUGACACCUAUGGCCAGGCCCUGGCCAACAUCCUGGUGGCCCUGCAGAUGGGGGUGAGCGUGGUGGACGCGUCCGUGGCCGGCCUUGGGGGGUGCCCCUAUGCCCAGGGAGCCUCUGGGAACGUGGCCACAGAGGAUCUGGUGUACAUGCUCAACGGGCUGGGCAUCCACACGGGGGUGGAUCUGCAGAAGCUGAUGGACACGGGCACCUUCAUCUGCAAUGCCCUGAACAGAAAAACCAACUCCAAGGUGUCUCAGGCCUCCUGCAGACUGUGACACUGAGUGGGAAUUCUCCUUGGAUCAAGAAAUCGAGGAUCCAGCCCUGGCUGGGAUUCCUGUCUGACCUCCUGAGCUCCUUCCCGGCUCAGCAUUUGAGAGGAAGCCCAAAAUCCACCAGAAUUAGGAAGAAGUGAGAGAAUCUCCUGUUAGAUUGUGUUCUAUUGGACCUUGAGGCUGUCCCCAUGUGCCUUGGAGAGGGGAGGACGUGGAGGGGCACAGGAGAGCCCUGAGCACAGAUUUUGCAGUUGGAGCUCAGCUCCAGCUCAGGCUGUCCCUUCUCCCCUCUCUCCCCUCCACAAAUGUCCAAAGGCUGAGCCCAAACCUCCCCUGGGGCCCCCUCAGCCUUCAGGGCUGUGUGUGCUGCUGCUCUGUGUAUCUGUUGUAAGAUACCCUGGCACACCAGGAGUAAUAAACACGUUAUUUAAUAAUCUAAACUGAAAA